CAGGUGCACUUUUGUGAGUCUAGUAUUUGUUUUUCCAUGUCAAUCAGGCUCUCACAUGUAUGAAUUUAUCCACUUUUGAGCUACUAAACUAGUGCAUUACUGUGAAGUUAAUAUUGACUGUACAAUUCAAUUGGAUAUGACUUGGUGAGAAAUGUAUGUUUCAUACUAUGUCAGGAUCCAUCUACUUGUAUUCAACUGGGAGCAUACAAGCUCUGAAUAUAACAGAUCCUGACAUGGUGAAGGAGCUAGCCAAUUGCAAGUCUUUGGAUCUUGGAAAGCCUUCCUUCUUGCAAAAAGAGCGUGGAGCUCUUCUUGGUAUGGGCAUAUUGACUUCAAAUGGUGAGCUCUGGGAACAUCAAAGAAAGGUGAUUGCACCAGAGCUCUUCAUGGAGAAGGUUAAGGGCAUGUUGCACGUCAUGGUCGAAGCUGCAAUGCCAAUGUUGACUUCAUGGGAAAACAUAUUUGGAAGGGAAGGGGGCAGUGCAGAGAUUGUGGUGGAUGUGUCCUUGAGAAACUUUUCAGCUGAUGUCAUAUCCAGGACUUCAUUUGGAAACAAUUUUGCUGCAGGUAAAGAGAUAUUCAACAAGAUUCGGCAACUUCAGAUUGCAAGGGCAAAGCAAAGCAUACUUGGUGUCCCCGGACCAAGUUACUUGAAAAAGGGAAGUCCAAUGUUCCUGAUGGAUCACAGGGAGCUUUUCCUAGUGGCAACAGUUCUCCCUACCAAGGUCCUCCAUCCUGGUUCCCCAAGGAUUCCAGCAGCUUCCACCCAAUGUCCCAAUGAUGCAUCCAAGUACCAAUGGUCCACAAGUGUUUCAUCCGGCUGA